ACACCUGUGAGGUGCAUCCAGCAAGCUUCCAAGUUAGUGGAAAGGACACUAAACAAAGCUCAUCUGGGAAUUACUAGAAGGUUUUAUUGUGGCAGUGGAAUUUUAAUAGGAACUUGAUGGGUAAACAACUGGGUGGAGACGUGGGAUGGAUGAAAAAGUACAACUUUGGUCCACGCAAGGAGAGCGCUAGAAGGCCAGAAAGCAGUCCUUGCUAGUUGAAAGAAACGCCGCCGUGUGGAUUUAAAAUGGACAGACACUUCCCUGGGAGCCACGACUGUUACGGGGCUGCAAGGAGCCCCUACUUAGGUUAAGGCUAGUAGUCCUAGCAAACUGAGACUUGACACAGUUUUGACCGGAGUUAACUUCCUAAGCAGAAAAACCACACCCACCAAGUCUCCAGUAGGGCUGGAAACCCAGCAGAGACAAGGAAGCAGAGAUUGGCUUGGGGUAGUACUGAGCAAAUUUUCUAGGACGCAGGAGGUCAUCCACAUGGCACAAAGCAGUCCCUUUGGCAACUGAGAGUUCACCGGAAGCCUCCAAGGCUCAAAAGACAAGGCAUGAGGCUUCACAGCUCCAAAGGCUACAAUUCAGGUUGAGAAAAUUUGGUCAGUGUGUGCGUCCUCUGUUAAAAGGAGAGAGGGCGCCCCCUGGGAAGAGUGCUGGGUAGAGAUGGUUGGAAGACUCAGAUGAGGACUGAAGAGGGAGGGGUGGGGGUUAAGAUGGGGGUAGCCUACUCGUCAAUUUUCUUUUCGCAGAAGCUAACUGUCCGGCAUGAUGGAUUCCUGGGCUUCCAAAACGGCUGGGCUGAAAGGGAGCUCGAAAAAAUAACUGCAGCCACACGCCCCGUGCCAGAACUGGUUACUUUCUUGAAUACUUUUAACGCUAAUUCAGCGUGGAGGUGACAUCAAUUCUCCGCCACUGGAGAAUGAAAACUUGGGACUACAUUUCCCUGCAAGCCCUUUAGAAAAGGAGGCCAAGAGCAAAGAGACUUUCCGUUUCCGUCCGCUAGCAAUUUGGCGUGUUCACGGUGAUACAUAUUUCAACAGUAGCGUCCUUUCUCUGUACAACUAAAGCAGAGACUACAUAACCCACCAGGUACCGGCACCGAGGGGCAAGCGACUAGGUUGCCAUCUCUGUAGUAGUCCUCUCCUACACAUCCGCCGAGAAUAGUAUUAGCGGUUGGACUACAAAUCCCAUAGCAUCAUGUGCUCCUUCACCCUCCAUCUUUGUGGUAGUCCCCGCCCCGCUCACUUCCAUUGUCUCGACAGAAGAUAAAGAGGGGAGCGAGGAAGACUACAAUUCCCGUCUGGCUUUGCAUCAUCGAGUGCGGGAUUUUGAUAGUUCAGGCGGGCGAGGAGCUCCAAGUGGUAGAAUGAAGCAGCCAGGAAAGGUUAGGUAUCCUGCCAUCUUUACGGUAGUCUCUUUAUCCUCCCGGUUCUGGCAUUCUUAAAGGAACAUAGGAAGGCUAGAAAACUACUAUUCCCAUCCCACUUCAUAAGAUCGACUUAUUAGGUGUACGCCCCUCGAUCGCCAUCUUGCUUGUAGUCCUCGUUUCUUUUCACCUUUCCAUUGUUCCUGAUGAGUAGAAAUGGCAGCGGGAAGGCAGCAGCUGGACUGCGACUCCCGUCAGCCCUCGGCGUUGCUGACGCCCCCAAUGUCGUCGAGCAGCCGGGGACCGGGGGCCGGAGCGCGCCGACGCCGAACCCGCUGCCGUCGUUGCCGGGCCUGUGUGCGAACUGAGUGCGGGGACUGCCAUUUCUGCCGAGACAUGAAGAAGUUCGGGGGGCCCGGGCGCAUGAAGCAGUCGUGCCUGCUUCGGCAGUGCACCGCGCCCGUGCUCCCACACACAGCUGUGUGCCUCUUGUGCGGGGAGGCUGGAAAGGAGGAUACAGUGGAGGGAGAAGACGAGAAGUUUAGUUUGAGCCUCAUGGAGUGUACAAUCUGCAACGAGAUCGUCCACCCUGGCUGCCUGAAGAUGGGAAAGGCUGAGGGUGUUAUCAAUUCCGAGAUACCCAACUGCUGGGAGUGCCCCCGAUGUACCCAGGAAGGACGGACAAGCAAGGAUGCAGGUGAGGGUCCAGGGCGCCGCAGGGCUGACAAUGGUGAGGAAGGCGCUAACCUAGGGGGUGGAUGGAAGCUGACAGAGGAACCACCACCUCCACCACCCCUGCCCAGAAGAAAGGGACCCUUACCUGCUGGCCCUACCCCUGACGAUGUGCCUGGGCCCCCCAAACGGAAGGAGAGGGAGGGGGGGAAUGAGCCCCCCACCCCAAGGAAAAAGGUGAAAGGAGGCCGAGAGAGGCACUUGAAGAAGGUGGGUGGAGAUGCCUGCCUCCUCCGAGGAGCGGACCCAGGCAGCCCCGGCCUUCUGCCCCCCAGGGUUCUGAAUCCGAGCCAGGCAUUCUCAUCCUGCCACCCUGGGCUCCCUCCCGAGAACUGGGAGAAACCAAAGCCACCUAUAGCUUCUGCUGAGGGCCCGGCAGUGCCAUCUCCAUCACCACAGAGGGAGAAACUGGAGCGUUUCAAGCGCAUGUGCCAGCUGCUGGAGCGGGUGCCCGAUACCUCUUCUUCCUCCUCGGACUCGGACUCGGAUUCAGACUCAUCCGGCACAUCACUCAGUGAGGAUGAAGCUCCUGGAGAGGCCCGGAAUGGGCGGCGGCCAGCACGGGGCAGCUCCGGCGAGAAGGAGAACCGUGGGGGACGGCGGGCUAUACGCCCUGGCACUGGGGGGCCACUGCUCAGCUGGCCCCUGGGCCCUGCCCCACCACCACGGCCUCCACAGUUGGAGCGACAUGUCGUGCGGCCCCCGCCUCGAAGCCCUGAGCCUGAUACUCUGCCUUUGGCUGCUGGAUCCGACCACCCUCUGCCUCGGGCUGCCUGGCUUCGUGUUUUCCAGCACCUUGGACCCCGUGAGCUAUGUGUCUGCAUGAGAGUUUGCCGGACUUGGAGCCGCUGGUGCUACGACAAGCGUCUGUGGCCUAGGAUGGACCUAAGCCGGAGAAAGUCACUGACCCCACCCAUGCUUAGUGGGGUGGUUCGCCGCCAGCCCCGUGCUCUGGACCUCAGCUGGACAGGUGUCUCCAAAAAGCAGCUCAUGUGGCUCCUGAACCGACUGCAAGGCCUGCAGGAGUUGGUGCUUUCUGGGUGCUCCUGGCUCUCUGUCUCUGCCCUGGGCUCGGCCCCACUGCCAGCGCUGCGGCUCUUGGACCUCCGCUGGAUUGAAGAUGUUAAAGACUCCCAGCUUCGGGAGCUGCUGCUGCCUCCACCAGACACCAAACCAGGGCAAACUGAGAGUCGAGGCCGACUGCAGGGGGUGGCAGAACUUCGCCUAGCUGGUCUGGAGCUCACAGAUGCCUCCCUGAGGCUCCUGUUGCGCCACGCUCCCCAGCUCAGUGCCCUGGACCUGAGUCACUGCGCCCACGUUGGGGACCCCAGUGUCCACCUCCUCACGGCUCCUACUUCCCCUCUUCGAGAAACACUGGUGCACCUCAAUCUCGCUGGGUGCCACCGCCUCACGGACCACUGCCUUCCACUGUUCCGUCGAUGCCCACGUCUUCGCCGCCUGGACCUACGCUCCUGCCGCCAGCUCUCACCUGAAGCUUGUGCCCGGUUGGCGGCUGCUGGGCCCCCUGGCCCCUUUCGCUGCCCAGAAGAGAAACUGCUUCUCAAGGACAGCUAGUUGGGUGCCGAUGCCCCCUUCCCUUCCCUUCCCCAGGACUCAGCCAGAGAACCUGGACCUCUUGCCUUCAUUUCACCCCCUGUUGGGAGGCCAGGUUAUUUUCUUCAUGACUUGGCACUCCUCAGUUUAAUGACUUGGGAUUCCUGCCCAGGGACUUGAGCCAGCCUUCCCUCUCUCCCACCUGCACUGAUAUCUCUGGGGGUCUUUGCUUCCCAUCUCUCCCUUUCACCUGCUUCAUUGUCCAUCCCCUCUGGGGAGUGGGUCAAGAGGUACUGGGGAGGUGCUGAGCCAAAGGGAUGGUGGGAGGGAGGGGCGGUGAAGGUGCAAGUCUGGAGUAGGGAAAAUGAGGUGACAUGGUAUCUUGUACACAGGAUACUGGGGGCUGGGGGAGGCGAUGGAUGGGUGUGGGGAGGGCAGAAAUCAGACCAACAAGGGUUCAGGGAACAAAGACCAGUUGGGUGGGAUGGGGGGCCAAAAAGGGAAAACAGAGGAGCAAUUGGGGAUCCGAGUGUCAAGACAGGGGGCGCUACAAGCCAGGUAAUGCCAGGACUGGGGGCUGGGAGAGGAGCAGAUGUGGGGAUAGUACCCUCUGCGUAGGGUUGCCUCUCUCCCCUUCCCUCUACCCAGAUUUCAGUUUUCCCCGACCUUGACUCCUUGAACGUCACUGAAAAUGGCAGCUAUUGCAAGGAGUAGGGGCCGCGGGUCUACCUGCUGUUAAGCUCGGUGGCCCAGGGGAGUGGUGAGGGGUAGCCCAGACCCCUGCCUGGCUCUCUACACAAUACUUGAACAUUCAUCUGUACUGAAGUGUUACUUGAACCGGGGGAAUCUCGGACUUGGGGGAGUGUGAUGUGAGGGGACCAGCUUGACCGAGACUGGGCUAUGGGUACCCAGUUUGGACUGUCCCACCCCUAGCUCUCUUGCAUUACUGUCUUGAACAGCUCCACCCUUCACUUGAGUUGGGGUGGGGAAAUGUCAGCUUAAAGAUGGGCAAGAUGGGACUCCUCCAGUUUGGCUCUUCCCAUUCUUUCAUCGUCAUGGAAACUCGUGUCCCAUUUGCCCAGGGAACUGCCACUCCUGGUUGCCAUGGAAAUAGCAGCCAAUGGACACCUCCGGAAAUCAGUGCUAAGACUGGAAACGGUCCCUCUUAGUUGCUGUGGGAACUUAGUAACAGACUCUUGGCACCUCCCCUCUUCCCACCCCUUUCCUUCUUCCAGUGUGGGGGUGGGGUCUCAAGAGCCUGAGGGAGGAGUCAGGUCUAGGUCCCACUCAACUUAGGCCAGGGGGAACUGGAUUGUACUACAUGGGGGUGGGGGGAGGGGAAUCUAUCCACAUACCUCAGGUAACAGGAAGGUGCGCGGGUUGGGGGCGGGGGCUGGGCGGACCAAAGGCAGGAGGGGGGGCCUGGGGUUGGAGAAAGGCUUGACGGUGGGGCCGCUUGCGGGAGGGGAGGAGGCACCCCGGCGAGGGACAAGUGGGGCACCCAGCCGGGCUGGACCCCUAACCCCACAAGUCUGUACAAUAAGGUUUGCUAUAAAACUCAGAAUCUAGCCGGG